UUAGGAGGUAACACCGGCGUUGGCGCGAAUAGACAACAACAAAGCUGUUAUUUAAUUUCGCCGAAAUAUUAUUAAAUUAUUAUAAAAUGUACAUGAAUUCCUCAGAUACUAUGGAGACUAGUUACCGUUUGUUUAUGAUAAUAUGAAUAUUAUUUACACAGUUCCUUUAAAGUGUCUAAAACCGACUGUGGCGUUAUAGCUAGCUACAUAAACUGUUAUAUUUAUAUAUUUAAGACAAGCAACACUAAAGUUUAACUAGUUCUGACUAGUUAUAUUUAAUUAUAUUUCAUUUUUAUUACUGUCGGAGUACACUUUUGUACACUUUGUCUGACAGUCUGGGUUCAUCAAGAGGAGGUUGACCAUGUCCAAAGGAGACAGGGAGGGCUUCAUUGUGAAGUUUGUGGAAAGCAAAGGACAAAAAACAGAGCAUGCCGUCAAGGCUUAUGAGGCCAUUUUGGAGCUGCAGUCUGAGAAGUACUUGAAAACAGUCGAUGAAGAUGCUGUCUUACAGAUGCACCACAAUGACAAGUCUCUGUUCGUCUUCAGUAGCUUCACCACGCCAGCAUUUCUGCACUGCAAAAAGCUCGGCUGCAGAGUGGUGAGUCCACUGGUGGUGUUGUACUGCCUGCAGCAGCAGCAUUGUGUCCCCAAAGCAGAGACGCCCGUCUACAACAUGGCCAUGGCCGACAUCACUAUUUCCUGCACGAGCCUGGAUAAAGCUAUACGGACGGAGGUGAUGGAUCUGGUGCAGCUCAUGGGUGGACGGGUCUAUCUUGACCUCAACGUAUCUGUCACACACCUGAUUGCAGGAGAGGUGGGCAGCAAGAAAUACCUGGUCGCUGCCAGUCUGGGUAAACCCAUCUUGCUGCCUGCGUGGGUCAAAGCCUGCUGGGAGAAAUCUCAGGACAGUCUUUUCAGGUAUACAGAUCUACCCAUUGAGGACUAUCUGUGCCCUGUGCUCCGUGGCUGUACUGUCUGUGUGACAGGCCUCUCCAGCGCAGAGCGUAAAGAGGUGCAGCGGCUCUGCGAGCAGCACGGAGCCACCUACACCGGUCAGCUCAAAAUGAAUGAGUGCACACACCUGAUCGUUAGUGAACCAACAGGUCAGAAGUACGAGUGUGCACGGAAGUGGAAUGUGUACUGCGUGUCUCUGCACUGGUUGUUUGACAGCAUAGAGAAGGGUUUCUGUCAAGAUGAGAGCCGGUACACUGUGGAGCGUAAUGCAUCAAAGGCCACUCGACAGCACACUUCCACCCCUACUGGCACCAACAAGAAAGAGGAAGGUCCAUCUCUGCUGGGCUUGAGCCACAUCUCUGUCAACGCCAGCAUGACAAUAAAUGACACAGCCCUCACCAACGGCACCAUCAGCCGACUGGACGCUCCAGACCCCAUAGAUAGUCUGGAUCUCACCGUCUGCCCCGCUGAUGAUAUACUGGAUGGCUGUAAGCUCUAUCUGUGCGGCCUGCCAGGGAAGAAACUGGAGAAGCUGCGGCGUCUCGUGAACACUGCAGGAGGUCUGAGGUUCAACCAGCCCAGUGAGGAGCUCACACAUGUGGUCAUGGGAGAACUGGAUCAGGACCUCAAGAAUUUUUUGUCCAAAGCAACACAUAGGCCCCAUGUAGUAACAGUGCAGUGGCUGCUGGACAGUUUCAACAAAGGCAGUCUACUCCCAGAAGCAGGUUACCUGCACCCUCACUGCCUGCCCCCUGCUCAGGCUGCUGUGUCUGUGCCUGCCCAUCGCACUUCCACCUCCAGGCCCUCCGCUGGUCCCCCUGCUGCCAGCCCCAGCACUCCCAGGCACAGGAGAGCAGAGGAAGAUCUGCUCUCACAGUACAUGGAUGAUGACCCUACAGUCGUUGACAUGCCCCCACCAGCAGAGGGCACCAGCAGGAGGUCCAUCAGUAUGGCUGCAGAGCCCCGACCUGAACUCUGUGCACCAAACCAGAGCAGAGGACCAGACCCAGACUCAACCCUGCAGGAAGCCAGCGAGGCAGGCCUGUUUUUUGGGAAAUGUUUCCUUCUUGUGGGCUUUGGCACUGAGUCCGAGGCCCAGCUCUCUCUGCUGGUGACAGAAAAUGGAGGCAGGGUGCUGACUGGCCGUACACGUGUUGUGGCAGACUACGCGGUGGUCCCACUGUUGGGCUGUUCGGUGGAGGCCACAGUGGACGAGGUGGUCACUGAUACCUGGCUGGCCAUGUGUGUGGAGAAGGAGUGUGUUCUGCGGCUGCCCUCUAACCCUUUGUUCACUCCUGUUCCUGUGAUGGACGGACGUUUUCCUCUCAAAGAUUGCGUUCUCUCCGUCAGCCAGUUCACCGGAUCAGAGAGGGAGUCUUUGGUGGAGCUGGCCAAGCACCUUGGAGCCAAUGUCCAGGAUUACUUUGUGCGCUUGGCCAACCAGAAGAAAGGCAUGCUGGCCAGCACUCAUCUGGUGUUGCAGACCCCAGAAGGCACAAAGUAUCAGGCAGCAAAGAAAUGGGGCCUCCCAGCCGUCACCAUGCACUGGAUACUAGAGUCAGCUCGGACCGGCCAGAGGGCAGAGGAGGGGCGUUUUCUAGUUGACCUGCCACCCUCACCAGAGAGGGAUGAUGAGAGUUUUGUCGGCGGUUCCCAGAAGCCCGCCAUGCCUCCCCCGGCACGUUUGUCUCCCGAGAUCCCUUUGCUGGGACUCCAGAGUGGUAAGGCUGUUACCCCGCUGGAUUUAGGUCGCUUCCGGAGCAAAGUUUUCCGCUCCGUGUUGGACGAGAUGAAGCCCAAAGAGGACGUCAGCACCCCAAAACAAAACCAGGAGGGCGGCCGAAGGAACCCCCUUCACAAGGAACCCACACUGCAGCUGGACACUCCCUCUCGCUUCCUCAGCAGAGACCAGCUUUUCAGGCCCUCCUUCAAUGUCAAGGAUGCACUUGGAGAAUUGGAGACUCCAGGGGGAAGAUCCAAACCAGGAGAGAGGGUGGGGACGCCGCUGACUGAUGUCAUCAACAGGAACUUAAAGGUGGCUCUGGCCAAUAGCGCCCGAAAUAACGUCUCAGAUAUGCAGGCCAUGUCUGCUAGCCCCCAACUUACCAAGACGACUGAGAAAGAGGUCCCAGAAAAAGAAGUCGGCCCUCUUACUGGUGUUGUGAUCUGUGUUGGAAAGAAGCUGAGCAAAAUGCAGAGCGAACUCAAUGCUGUCGCUGCCUCGCUCGGAGCUGACUUCAGGUGGGCUUGUGACGAUACAGUGACACACUACAUCUACCAGGGCCGUGUGGGAGACAACACCCGGGAAUACAGAGGAGUGAAGGAGAGAGGACUGCAUGUGGUCUCCCAGUACUGGCUGCAGGCUUGUGCUGAUGAGCAGAGGCACGUUGCAGAGUCUCUGUAUCCUUUCACCUACAACCCCAAGAUGAGCCUAAACCUCAGCCAGGUGCCCAACAGCUCCCAGAGGUCUCCACCUUCAACACGAACCCAACUCAAAGACAUCACUGAGGCAAAGGGCAGCAUGUGUGAAGAUGCUGCCACAGAAGACAAUACAACUUUACGUCGUGUGAGUGAUGGGAGCGUAGAUCAAGAAGAGAUGCAUGAUGCUGCCGAUAGAAGUGAUAUUUCUGAGACUCUAGAAAUGAGGGAGAACCUGCAAAGACAGCUUCAGGAGAUCAUGUCAGCCACCAAGCUAACAACAGGGAGACGCGCCUCAGUCAGACUCAGCAGGAUGGGAUCAGGAGGGGCUGACUCGGGCCCCCACACACCUGAUGGGAACCGGGUUGGACGCAGUGGGAACAGACGUACUCUGGAAGCUCUGAGGGUUUCCAGAGCAGCAGCUAUGGACAUAAACACAGAGCCAUCUCAGAGUGAGCAGAUAGUUUGGGAUGACCCUACAGCCAGGGAGGAGAGGGCCAAGCUGGCUGAUAAUUUACAGUGGCCUGGUAGUCCCUCACAACACUCUGAGAGCCUCGCACCUCCACCUGCUCCCACCACAGAAAACGGCCCUCAGUUCAGGGACUCCAUGACGGACUCUGAGCUGGUGGAGAUGGCUGCUUGUGAUGUCAUCGACCAGCACAUGGGUCAGAAAGUCAGAACGCCUCCGACAAAAGAGCGAGAAAGUGACAUCCUCACUCCUAAAGCCCCCAGCAUUGCCUUCCCUCUCGCCAACCCCCCAGUAGCGCCGGAGCCACAGGAGGAGUGUGAGGAAGAGAAGCAGCCACCCAGGUUUCAGCUGUCCUCCCUCAGCCCUCAGGAACGCAUUGAUUACAGUCACCUCAUAGAGGAGCUUGGUGGUGUAGUCCUGGACAAGCAGUCAUUCGACCCCAGCUGCUCCCACAUCAUCGUCGGGACUCCUCUGCGCAAUGAGAAAUACCUGGCAGCAAUGGCGGCCGGCAAAUGGAUCCUGCACCGCUCGUACCUGGAGGCCUGCCGCUCUGUGGGGCGCUUCAUCCAGGAGGACGAGUAUGAGUGGGGCAGUAGCUCCAUUCUGGAUGCGUUGCCCUCCAUCACCUCCCAGCAGAGACGACUGGCUCUAGCUGCCAUGCGCUGGAGAAAAACCCUGCAGGGACGCUCUGAACAAGAGGGAGCCUUCAGUGGAUGGACAGUCAUGCUGAACAUUGACCAGAGUAGAGAAUCAGGCUUCAGGCGGUUACUGCAGUCUGGCAGGGCGAAGGUCCUGCCGAGUCCCUCCCCCUCCACGUACAAGGAGGCCACUCACCUGUUUGCGGACUUCAGUCGGCUGAAGCCCGGAGACUUCAGAGUCGACGUAUCAGAGGCUACCUCCCAGGGAGUCACAUGCUUGAAGCCAGAGUACAUUGCAGACUACCUCAUGCAGGAGCCAACCCCUCCUGUCGAGCUGUACCACCUGCCUAAAGCUCCCUCUGAAGAAGCUCCAGGUACUCCGUCACGUAAGCGUAAAGCUGCGGAAGACAACUCCAGGCUGAAAAAGACACGUCUGAACUAAAAUAUCACUACUAAAUAUUGCCAUUAAAUGUCUGUGAAAAUAAUUGUAAAUAAGAUUUUGUUUUUAUCUCGUAAAAAUAAAAUAAAUG